AUGCUCGUUGCGCCUCCCGUCUGGACGGCGCGUGGCCUCGCCGCUCUCUCCUCUCCGCGGCUGGCCCAAUCGGCGGCUGUGCUCCACCUCUGCGGCAGUCGCCUCCUCGUGAACGGCGCGGUGGCCCUGCUACGGGCGGCCUCCUCGCGGCCGGCAGCGGGUCUGCCGCUACUUUGGGCAAUGAAGCAGACCGCGUUCCGGCACUUCACGGCCGGUGAAUCACUCGCUGACGUGCGAGCCGCGGCCGCGACGCUUGCGCCUGCCGGGGUGCGGAUGAUUGUCGACCACAGCACGGAGGAGUCGGAGGCUGCGGAUGCGCGGCAAGCCAAUCUGCGUGCCAAGGUCGCGCUCCUGGGCAAGCUUCGGGCGGAGCUGGCGGGCGAGUGCGUCUUUGUGCCGAUCAAGCUGACCGCCCUCGCCUCGCCCACGCUGCUCGAGCGACUCACCGCGGCCACGCUCACGGCCGCCGAGGAGGGCGAGCUCGAGGAGGGCCUCGCGCUGCUGCGCGCCCUGGCUGCGGCUGCGCGCGAGGAGGGCAUCUCGCUGCUGCUCGACGCGGAGCAGACUCACCGACAGCCUGGCAUCACGCUUCUAGCGCGGCUGCUCGCCUCCGAGUUCAACGCGCCCGGCGCCGAGCGGCCGGUGGUGUACCACACGGUGCAGGCGUACUUGCGCAGCGCGGAGCACGAAGUGGAGGCGGAGCUUGAGGCCGCGCGCGGGGGCGGCUACUCGUUCGCGGCCAAGCUUGUGCGCGGCGCGUACCGCCACACGGAGCUGUCGCGUGCGCCUGCGGCGCUGCAGCCGAGCAAGAGCCACACCGACGCCGCGUACGACACAUUGGACGCGCUCAAGCUGCCGCGCUCCGACCCGUGUGUGCACUUGGCGCAGAUACAGGGCAUGGCGGACGACCUCACCCUCACUCUCGGGCUAAUGGGGUACAACGCGCUCAAGCUGAUGCCGUACGGACACUUCGACGAGGUGCUGCCGUGGCUGCUGCGGCGGCUCGAGGAGAACCAGGACGCGCUCGGCGCGGCGGGCGAGGAGCGGCCCCUCCUCCGGCAUGAGAUGCGGCGGCGACUUCUCGGCAGCUCGGCCGCUUAA